UACCACCAGCAAGAAGAAGAGARGAUUUCAUCCCAUUGCAAACGUGGCUUCGAGCCAGAUGCACCCGCAGAUAAUUAUUGUUCUGCGUGUUCUCUCUAUCACUAUGUGCUCUCAAAGAUUUCCAUUGAUAGCCUUUUCGUUCCUGGGAAGAAACCUGCGGCACCGUUCCAAAAAUUGGGUCUGACAGCGUUGUACGAUAGACCCCGAAGUAAGUCUAGAAGUACAGUACUGUAACUACUACGGUAGUCUACUUCCCUACGUACUUAGUAGGUUCGUACGUAUUCCUAGCGGACAUACGUUCUUUACAUACGAAAACAAACAUGAGCUAGUUUUUUGAACGAGGAAAAACCUACCAGUACUUCUGUACUGGUACCUAUGUAGGUCCCUGUAGAAGUCAAAAGUACGUACGAGAACUAGAAGUAAUACGCAAGGAACGUACGUAYCAGUUGGCACGUAGAGUAUUUUACUACGUACAUUUUACCGGAAUGGAUGGAUGGAUAGAUGGACGGUUGAUUUCUAUCUUGAUGUCGUUCGUUGUUUCGUCCCUUCUGUCGAACCUAUCAAGAAUUGUCGCGAUCGGAUGUUCAACAUCAAUCACACCUCUCGCSGGAAAUUACUGUACCUCACAGCAGUCUAUAUCAGCAUCGCGAGCCCUCACAAGCCAUUGUUGAUUGAUUGUCACCGUCACCGCGCAAUCCAACAAACCACACAACACAGCUCAGCGCGACACAACCAUGUCUUUUGGCAAAUCGUCCGGCCCGAACCACGACAGCACUCGGGUGAUGGGCCACCGCAGGCGGUCCCUCGGAAUCGCCCUGCAAGUGGGCUGCUUGCUCUGCGGUUGGUCUAGCGCCCCGGCCCCGGCCACCGCGUUUUCGAUCCACGGACGGGUGGGGGGUCUUGCUCUCGACCGGCUAAGGAUUCGAUCCCCAUCGGCGCUGCACAUGGCAAAGGCCGCGAAAAAGAAAAAGACCAAGAAAAAAGGGAGCGGCGGCGGCGGAGGCGGCCUGAAGGGCUUUGGGUCCGUCGGGGGAUCCAAGAGGGACGAGCAGGUGGACCUCGAUCGAUCGAAGGAGGCCCGSUCGUUCUACGGCUUUAUGGAAGACGGCGGUGCCGGCGACAACCUCUCCCGGUGCGCGAUCGGGGGCUUUCCCGUCGGGACCGGCGAAAAGGCCUUUCGGCUCCGCGGCGUUGCGGCCCUCAAGCCCGUCAAGAAGGGGGACGCGAUCGUCAACAUCCCCUACGAGCUGGCGGUGAACCUCGGCAGGGAGGGAGCGGACCCCACGGUUCCGGCCGUGGCCUUUCUGAGGGACUACUGCGAGACCCUGGGGAGCGGAGGCGGAAGCGGCGACAGGGCCGCGUACUAUUCCAUGCUGCCCCCGUUCGGCGGAGCCGACUGCCUGGGGAGCACGGAUUUCUUUUCGGACUUGGCCCUGGAGGAGCUCCAGGCCCCCCUGGUGGCCGAGGAGACCAGAACGCGCAGGAAAAAGACCUCGUCUCGGUUCUUGUCCGACGUCGCCCCCCUGGUGGAGACCGGCGGGUUUCCCUCGUGGACCGACGGAUCGGACGUMACGGAGGACCACCUGGCCUGGGCCGUCUGGCUGGUCACGUCGCGGGUCCUGACGGUCCAGGGMGAGGCCUCCGAGGGCAACUCGUACCGGCUGCUCAUCCCCUUUCUGGACAUGUGCAACCACGACCGGGGGUCCCCGCACGUCCUGUCCGGGAGGGCGGUCCCGGGGGGCGAGCUCAAGGUGGUGGCGGGAGCGCCGGUGAAGGAGGGCGACCAGGUGAACAUUUGCUACGGAGGGGGCAUGGUGGGCAACGAUCGCUUCCUACAGGGUGCGUUUUGGAUUUGGGUUUGGGUUUUAUUUUGAUUUGAUUUGAUUUGAUUUGCUUUUGAUUUGCUUUUGAUUUGUGGAUUUGCUUUGCUUUUGAUUUGUGGCGUUUGCGAUGUCAUUGGAUCGGAUGCAAGUUGCUCCAUUCCGAAGCCUCUCUCUCUCUCUCUGUGGCAUGUGGUUCUGAUCCGUGCCGUGUUUUGAACUCUGCGCCCGUGCUGAUGUGUGYUUCCUUUGGUUUCGAUUUCGAACCGUUUCUCCCUUUCUCUACAGACUACGGCUUUCUGGACACCAGCAGCAACGGCGUGGCGUACGACAUGGUGGCGCAGCAGCUGCUGGGGAAGAGGCGCAUCGUCGAGGGCAUCGGUUCCGGGCGGUUCAUGUCCGAAUCGGACCGGGCGCGGACCCUGGACCGGCUGGGGGAGACCUCCCUCGAARACGACGAACGGCUGCUGGAGGAGACCAGCGACCCCUCCCUCGCCGCCGCGUACAGCUACCGGAUAGGCGUCAAGAAGGCCCUCUCCCGGCUCGGUCGGUCCGAUUGAUGGACGGGGUUUGGGAACGCUUGCUUCGUGCCUCGCCGAAGGGUUGGAACGAAUGCCACACCGAAAUCGAUCGGUGGAGAGGCUUGCGCAAUCUAGUCUAGUCUAGUCUGGUCUGGUCUGAUCUAGCAUUGUAUAGAGAGUACAGUACUAUACUUUUUGUUUAUUGCUCUCUUACUCGUGCCUGCCUUGCACGUCUURCGAGGCCUCAUCUAUGGUUUAUGUUACUGGUGAACUGGAUUCCAUCAAAUCGUACACGGAACCGUUGUGGUGUGUCUCUGUAUCUGUAUCUGUUCCGUUUCGGUGGCUGCACCGUCGUCGUUUGCGGGGUUCAGAAACCUUGCCACGGAUGCAUGGAUCGGCGUUGCGUUGCGUUGCUUUGUAUCGACUCGACUCGACUCGUCCCGCCCCCCGCGUCCGCAACAAUCGUCCUAGACGGACAGAUCCAGGUCGUCGUCGUCGUCGUCCAGAAAGCCGGCGUCCGMGAACUUGUUGAGCUUGCUGGAGGGGUCCUUGACGUUGAGGCCGGCAAACCUGGCGACGCCCAGGAACUCGUCCAUGGCGUCGUUCUGGAGGGCCUCCUUCUCCUCCUCGAUCUGCUUGAUGAAAUCCCCCUGCUCGUUCAUCUUGUAGCCGUCGAAAUACCGGCGGUCGCCCUUGGCGUACUCCUCCGGGGUGAUCUGCCGCUGGCCGCCGAUCCCCCAGCCCCCCGUGCCGUUUCCGUCGAACAGGGCCGUCGCCC